UAUUUUUGUUUACAGUGAUGGAAUAUCAUAGGCGACUGUUUUUGCAUACCGAGAUGUAAUGUUGCGUAUAGCAUGAGCACCCGCUUUGGAUACCGGAUCGCAUCAUCGCUUGGUUGUUUUGAAGAUAUGUGUUUUUAAACUGUGUUUUUUAUUUUUUUUUUUGUGGUAAAGCUUUUGCGUCCUGAGUUGCUGCUCCUUUGUGAUUUGAAGUUUGUUUGUUCAUUCCUGUUCAUCUCCAGUGUGUUGAUAGAUGUGAUGAAAAGACAGUGAUACGAAAAGUUGUGUGUGAAGGCUACAUAAAAUGCAAAAUAUCGUGUAUGGAACGUGACGUUUGUGGAAUGUGGGGUUAGUUUUCCAAGUGCAUUUUUGUGCCGAAAUUUUUAUAGUGAUGUGCUAGGCAGGAGGGAAACUUGACAGAAUGGUGCAAAAAAUAUUCCGUGUACGGUGAAACAGUGUGCAUUGUAACGACGAAAUUAUAAUUUUCAAAAUUUUAAGUGUACACAGGUUUUCUAAAAUUGAAAUACAUGGUCUAUGUGCUAAAACGUUAAUAGUCUAGUUUCAUAAUUAAGUUGAAUUUAGGCGGUAUAAUUAAAUACUCGUGGUUCCUAAUUGGUAAUCGUGGUUAGUUUGGCAGUUUCAUCGAGCAUUGCGAAAAAAAUGCUAACUAAAAGAGAGUAGAUGGGGCUGAACUCUGUCAGAUGUGCCGUGGCGAGACCACGAGACAGCGGCUGUGUUUUUUUGAUCGCUAGACUGUGAUGAGGAGUCAGGAUGGCUCUAAAUUUCUCAGCGUCGUUUGCUGCGUGCUUGGCCGCUGGCCUGAAGGUCCCUCGUCAGAUAAUGUACUGCAUAGCACAGGACACAGGGGCACCGUACGUGCUGUAUAAGGAUGACAUGAACCGCACCCAGGGGCAGCCCGCCCAGUGGGGCCCCGGGCUGCCCCAGGAGGGGGCCUACAUCGCCCCGCAGGGCUCGUCGGCCUCGGGCAGCCCCCAGCAGCCGUGCGAGGGGGACGGCGGCGGGGGCAUGCCCCCCGUGAGGGAGCAGCAGCAGCAGGGCACCAUGACGUCGCCCGUGCCCUCGCCCUACCCCCCUCCGCCCCCGUCGCAGCCCCCCUCGCUGGAGCAGCAGCCGCCCGGCGAGGAGGAGGCCGGGGGCCAGGUGCAGCAGCAGCACUCCCCCGGCCAGCAGGCGCCCCCUCCGCCCCCGCCCCCUCCCCCCCACGACGAGCAGCGGGCCCCGGCGCAGUGCUUCCCCCCCGCCCAGCCCGACAUGCAGUCGCAGCAGGCGUACGCGGUGCCGCAGCACUACUUCAAGGAGCCGCGCGGCCACCCGUCCCCCGCCAUGACCCCGCACAUGCUGGGCCCCACGGGCUUCUCCGCGCUGCACUACCUGAAGCAGCCCGGCGUGAUGAUCGCCUCGCUGGGGCCCGUGGGCGACGGCGGCCCGCUGGGCGACGGCUCCAACGGCCACGCGUACGUCGCCAACGGGACGAUGCAGGACGCGCGUGCGGCCUCCCUCCCGGACAUCGUGCAGCAGCAGACGAUGCAGGCGGGCGGACAAGGGCGGGGCAAGGGCGGGGCGAACGGGGAGCUGAGGCUCUUCAAGUGCCUGACGUGCGGGAAGGACUUCAAGCAGAAGUCGACGCUCCUCCAGCACGAGCGCAUCCACACGGACAGCCGGCCGUACGGCUGCCCCGAGUGCGGCAAGCGCUUCCGCCAGCAGUCGCACCUCACGCAGCACCUGCGCAUCCACGCCAACGAGAAGCCGUACGCGUGCGUGUACUGCGAGCGCACCUUCCGGCAGCGCGCCAUCCUCAACCAGCACCUGCGCAUCCACUCGGGUGAGAAGCCAUACCAGUGCCCCGAGUGCGGGAAGCACUUCCGUCAGAAGGCCAUCCUGAACCAGCACGUCCGCACACACCAAGAUGUGAGCCCACACUUGGUGUUCAAGAACGGAAUGACCCCCACGUUGUGGCCCCAGGAUGUGCCGUACCCGGGAGACAAUCCGGACAAAGAGGAUGCCGCAUCCACGUUCGGAGAGGACGGGUCGUCCCAGCAGACGGAUCAAGGAUUCUCUCCGGACGGCACGCACCACUACCCGUCCUACUUCAAGGACGCCAAGGGCGGCAACCACGCGGCCUUUGGCGGCGGGAACCUGGGAACGCUGAACUACCUGAAGCAGAUGCCCGGCAAGGGGUGCCUCCCGGACGUGAUCCAGCACGGCCGGAGCGCGGGGAUGCCCCUGUACGUGCGCUGUCCGAUCUGCCAGAAGGAGUUCAAGCAGAAGUCCACGCUCCUGCAGCACGGCUGCAUCCACAUCGAGUCGAGGCCCUACCCGUGCCCCGAGUGCGGCAAGAGGUUCCGCCAGCAGUCUCACCUGACCCAGCACCUGCGCAUCCACACCAACGAGAAGCCGUACGGCUGCCUGUACUGCGGCAGGAACUUCCGGCAGCGCACCAUCCUGAACCAGCACCUGCGCAUCCACACGGGGGAGAAGCCCUACAAGUGCCAGCAGUGCGGCAAGGACUUCCGCCAGAAGGCGAUACUGGACCAGCACACCCGCACGCACCAGGGCGACCGGCCCUUCUGCUGCCCCAUGCCCAACUGCCGGCGGCGCUUCGCCACCGACCCCGAGGUCAAGAAGCACAUAGACAACCACAUGAACCCCCACUCGGCCAAGGGCCGGCGGGCCGGCAACGCAGAGUCCAAGCACAACCCGGGGCUGGCGGCCAUGGGCGACCGCAACCAGGCGGGAGGGCUGCUGCCCCGAGGCAUCCCCCCCACGGCCGUCGUCAAGCCCGAGCUGUACUUCCCGCAGUGCUACGCGCAGGCGUUCGGCCACCAGCCGCCCGGGCCCCCGCCCCAGUUCCCGGGCAACCCCAACACCCCGGGCCCCGUCGAGUUCAAGCCGCCCCCGCCCCCUGCCGGCCUCCCCCCGCAAUGACUAGCCGGCCCCCUGGAGCGCCCCCACAGCACGUGACGGCCGCGGUUUCACUUGUAACAUGCAUGCGUGAAAUACACCUAGGUAACUCUUUUUUUACGAAUGACACACUGUGAUGUGGGACUUUUCGAGCAAAGAAUAUUAUGUAGAUAUUGUGAAAAGAGUAUAUAUAUAUUUUAAGUGAUUUACGAAAGGUGCUGUUGCAUGAAAAAGAAUUUUGGUCCAGCAUUUGAUAUUUUUUAGAAACCUGGUAAUACUGCUGCUUUGGCGACGUCUCGCGAUGGUUUUUAAAGACACAGUAGCGUGGUUUCUCUCUCGUACAUGUUAGUAAAUAUUACCGUUGCGAGUAAUGAGUUAUUAUUACUGACGGUAGUCCGUAGGUCUCUCUUACACAUUGUUAAUGGUUUAGUCUCUUUUUUUAUGAGCAUCUGUUAAAAGUAUGUGAACGUAAUCCUGAGUAAAUGUUUUCAUGUAGUGCCUACAGUGUUGUGUUACUGGUACACCCACGUGAUGAAUACUUUUCGGAGUAUACUUUUUAUUUUGUAACUAUUGAAUGUUAGGUGCAAUAUCCAUUUAAUGGAUUUUGAGUGUGUUGAAAAACACACACACUACAGAUACAUAAGUCUCGGUAAUAGCAAUGGUUCUCGUUUGUCACUUGAAACUGCAGUAUGUAUUAGCUGUUACAAUGCCACAGAGUUUUGUAAGUUUUUUUAUGUGAGCAAAAUGCUUGCAAACCUGUAAAUGUGCGAUGUCUUUCUUUGCUUGUUAAACUUUUAGAAUGCAAGGUCUUGGUUCUGUUUUUUUUUUAUAUCUUAAAUUGUACUCUGCAGCCACUUGUGAAUAUUUUUGAGGUAAAAUUAUCUUAAAUAUUUGUUUUAACAAAUCUGUGUACCAAUUAUGUAAUUAAUGUUUCAUUUUUUUUUUUGCAGACAUGGAGAAGAAAGAAUUGUAUUAUUAACGGAUGUGUCUAGUAGGAGUUGCAUCUAAGAUUUACAUUUGGAUGUAUAUAAAUUUGGUUCACACCAUAUUUAGUUCAAAUAUUAACUUGUAAUCUACAUCAUUUUCUUAAUGCUGUACAAAUUAAUAAUUGUCAUAUACUAUCACACAGGGAACAAUUUAGUUUUUAAUAGUUGUGGUGGUCACCAUUUUUAAUUGACUUCCUCGAAUCUGUGUUGAUGGUAGACUGCGACAGUGAUUUUCAAGUUGUGCCAGUCGAAUGGUAAAACUUUGACGGGAGUAAUUGUGGGAAGGUGGCAGUGAAUGAAAACUCUGUUCAGAAAUGAAAUUUUUUGUGCGAAACAUUUUUUUAAGUGGGCUUCUUGUCUCACGGCUCGCUUUGGAUAAUGGCCUACAAAUCGGGACUGCGAUUGUGCGUCUUGGAUCAUUAUAGGGAAAAAGUUAAAGGGUCUUUAGGGCAGCGUUCCCCAAACUGCGCUUUCUGCUUAAUUAGAUAUAUAAUCUUGUUGUAGGUUUAAAUAAUAAUAAUAUUGUCUCUUUUACUGUUUUUUUUGUUUCCUUUAUUAAUAUGUAAGCCUUAUUAUCAUACUUCUGUGUACAUGUCAUGUUUAAUAUGCCUUGUAGAACACAGACAGGACUAAAGGUUUUGUAGGGCUCCAUGAGAAAUUUUAACUUCAUGAAGGACUUCGUGGCUGAAAAAGUUUGGGAAUCGCUGCUGUAGGGACUUAUUGAGGAUAUCAUUCAGUGGUGAAUGGGCAAAGAAGAAUUCUAGCGUGCUGCGCAAUUACCCAAUGUGGUGAGUGAUUAAUUAACACAACAUGUUGAUUUUAUUUUUUAUUUUCUCAUCAUUACUGUUUGUUAAGGGCUAUUUAUGUAAAUUUAGCACUGUACUUCUCUUGCAGUUGUUGUUCUGUCACAAUAUUUUCAAGAGGUUUUUACAAAACUGUGAUAUAAUUGCUGUGAAAGUCGUGCAAGUAAUAACAAUUAUAAAAACUUGUGCGACCAUAGGAAAUAUCUGUUGGAAAUAUUUGUGACAGAAAAAGGAAUGCAAGAGAAAUGUAGUGUUAGUUAGAGAAAUAUAUUUUAACUAAUAGUAAUGAUAAGAAAAUGGGGAAAAAAUAGACUUGGCGUGUGAGACCCCACCUUAAUGCCUCCCACGAACUUGUCAAAAAGGUUACACUCAUUCAUGGGUUGGACUGUACUUAAACAGCCACUGCACUGUGCAAAAGUCAGUUUGUUGAACGGCAUAAUUGCUUCUACAGGAGUCCGCUUAAAAAAAUCAAUUUUUAUUGCAGUAAACUGCGUUACCUACACUACAAAGAUGUUGCUGCAUUUAAUUUUGUUUUUAUUCCCACCUUUCCCAAGUACACCUAUAAAUCUACCAUUGCAAUGGCUUAUCUGGUAGAUAUAUGGCAGCUGAAAAUAAAAACGUAAAAAGCCAUUUAUACUACAGCAUGUUUAUCCUGAAAUGUUAAUGUCUGCUUACAGUUUUUUUUCUCUUCAGAAAAGAGAUUUAUAAUGCAUAGAUUUUGUUUAGAAUGUUUUAUUAUUUGCUCAUGCGUGAACUGCUUUUAAAAGUUCUCUGUUGAUGCAUAAUUAAAAGUUUAUUUUCUGCUUGUAUCACUGCACAUGAUACAUUUAUACUUUUUUAUUUAAAUAGUUAUUUGAGGUGAUAAAAUUUUUAUUGAUCAGUGCCAGGAAUGGCAUUUAACAGUGCAGUGUACUUAGCAUAAUUAUGUGAUUUUUAGAAAUUUUAUUUUAGAAUUUGAGAGCCAUUUUAUGUAAAGUUGCAGUGGAAGAAGUUUUUCCAUGUAUCUUUGAUGUUACAAAGAAUUAUACUGUGUAGUAUAUUUUUGAAUGUUGCAAAAAAAAAGUAAAUUUGUUUUUAAUGCAAAGUUCAUGUUGAAUUUUUGAUUACAAUUUGCAGUUUCACUAUCACAACUUUAUUGUUUAGUGUGUGCAUUCAGUACUCCCGUUAACUGUGAGCAUUCGUUGUGAUGAAUACUACAUACAUUUAUUUUGUGUAUGCACUACGUAUGAAUUAAGUGACGGUAGGCAUCGUAAUUUCCGUCUUCCUGUGCGUGCUCUUGGCAACCACAAAAAUCCUGAUUUGUCAUCUUUCAGUUUUUGAAACUGGAAUUAAGCCGGAAAUUACUUAUGUUGUUAAAGUAAAGAAAUAUAUUAACUUUUUUACUUCACACAAGGUUAAUGUCAUUCUUCAUUCUCAUGACCACGCAUCGUCUCUUUGUUAUAAUUUACUUUUUGGGAAAAUGGUUUGCACAGGGCAUACAUACAUAUUUCCAAGCUCUUCUGCUUGGUCGUCUAGUGUUAAGGGGCAUGCCUAGUCAGGGGUGUAUUUGUGUUAGAGCGGCGGGUUUACGAGAGAGAUGCUCGCUGGUGCUUCUAGCACGGUAUCGCCUCUGAACUGGCAUGCAGUCUUACCAUCGUGCAUAGAGCAACUAUGAGAUCUGAGCGGUAACCAUGUCUUAUGACGGAGAAGUGAAGAUAAAGGUGUAAUGCAAGUCCUUUGAGUGAUUUUCAAGAAUCUUUACUGGAUGUUUCAUGCCUAAACAUUAUUUUGAAAACAUGUGAUCUAGCCAUUUUAACUCUCCUAAAAACACAGUUUUAACAAUGAAAUACGGACUCUGAACUACGCGUCCGCCCAUGGUGGUUCUGAAAUGCUUUUUGUAAACAGACCCCACUGAUACCUUGAGCAGUUUUCAAAUUGCAUAGUUUUUUCCUGAAGCUUUGCACACCGUAUGUGUGCCCGGGAAGGCAUGGGUCUUAAUAAAAACAGUCUUCAACAUAUAACCGCCGGAAUGAAGUCACUGAUAAUGUCAUUCGAGCAGCUGCAGUUAUCAUAAUAGUUGGUUUAGCCCGGGUGUCUGUAUUCUGGAAAGUCAGAAAAAUUUCAGUGGAAGUUGGGAUUUAUCAGGGAAUUCCUCAGUGACCCUAAUUUUAGAGGAAAUGUAUCAUGCUUCAGUUUGCCAUCACCUAGACUGUGAAGUAUUAUUUUUUUUAGAUGUGUUUUUUAGUUCAUAAUCGUACACACUAUGAAAUGGCAUAAAUGGAAGGUUCUGUUUGAAUUUUAAUUUUUGUUAUAUAUUGUUCUUGUUUCAAACUAAUUAAGUAUAAUUGUGUGUGUGGUAGUGUGGAAGUCUGUGUGAUGUUUGAGGUGCGAUUUUCCUUUUGAUUUUUUUCUUCAGAAAAUUGUGAAAAAUAAAUUAUUUAAAAAAAAAUUAGUUAGGGAAAUUUGAAAAUUUGGUCAGGAAAAGAUUAGAUUGGACAUCCUUCUAGUUCAUGAAAAUUGACUUGAACAAGUGUCCAAAGCUGUGUCCUGUGGUUCGUCUAGCCACAACUGUGCUGCUGGCUUUUGCCAAUUUAAAAAGAAAUCAAUAAUAGCAGGGCCUAAUCCCUCUUAAUCCCUAAUUUAUUCAUUCCUUCCCAGUUGAAAAAUUGAAUACAUACGUAACGUCUUCCUGGAAAAUUCAUGUUUUAGUGAACAUUUCCAUGUAAGUUUUUGCAAUUUAAAUAUGUGGACAGUUUUUUUAGGCAUAAUGAAGGCAUCCUAUAGUAGAGCACAACAUUUUAAGGAGAAAAAAAUUGGUCUAGGAAGUGUCUUUGAAUGCUUAAGAACUGAGGUUAAAUGGUUUAUUAAAUACUACCACUUGAAAUUUACAGAGGAUGUGUGGGUAAUUUUGUAGGUUGUGGCCUAUAAGAAAGGUGUAUGUGUGUGAAAAUCAUUGCAUUAGUUUUUUUUUAUUUGCUGUUUCUCUGUAUUUACAGGUUAUCUCUAAUCCUGCGUUAACUCCUUAGUUUUAAGAUGAUAUUGCUGUGAUAGUCGUGCAGCUACAGACUAAACUGUAAUGUAUUAAAUGAAAAAUAAUUUUAUAAUUACAAAAUUCUUAAGUAAUUUUUUUUUUCUUUUGUCAGUACUAUGUGUGUAGUUUAUUUCCAUGGGAGAUUAUUAUUGUUAUUUUGAAAGAUUUUUUUUUUUUUAUGUGAUCAUAAUCUAUAAACUUGUGUAAGAAAAUUGACGAGCGAAUUGGAAUUGCUGGCAGUUCCGCAUCAUAUGCCGUAUUGUUUGUUCCCUUCAAGAUGAUUUAAGUAAAUACUUUUUGCAUUUUGAAGCAUGUUUAUUUAACACCAAAGACUCAUUCCUCCAACUUACGAAACAUACACAGGCACCACAAAAUAUGUAAAGUAGGAAUGUGUUAUCUUGUUUUACACCUUGUUGCUUUGGCGAUACCAAGAAAUAUUUAAAACUUUAGUUUUGGCGCGUGAAGUAUUAAAUUUCUGUCCUCAUUGAAAGUGCUUUACUCUUAAGUUUAUCGAUUGUGAUGUAUUAAAUUUGAUUAGAGACAAGAUUUUAUGGUUUUAUUUUUAGAACAAUUUUGUUUUUAAAACAAUAGAUUUUGGUGUUAUUGUUUUUAUUUUUUAUGACCUCUGUUUAUUUACAAAUAACUCACUUACUUUAUCAGUGAUACAUCUCCAAUACAGUGUCACUUUGACUGAUACAUGACAUACAUUCACUUUUACAAUAUAAUAAUUUGCAAUAAGAAGGCUUCGUUACUAGGAUCAAUAAAAAUAAAUCAGCAAGCAUAUGUGUGUUUGAAAAAUGUACCAAUGGAGUUAUGUUAAAAUUAGUUACCAAUAACAGUUCCAGUAUAUAAAAAAAAAUAUUUCCAACCUGUUUAGUACAUGCAUUUUGGUGUUAGCUCCAUGCUAAAUAAUUUAUUCAUUGAAUUUAAUAUAUUGAAAGGUUAGGUUUUUUUGGUUAAUUUAAUUAAGUUUUGUUUUAUUUGUGUUACAUGGUGGAUUGACCUGCUUUGCUGUGUAUUUCGGCUUUAUCGGAAUUCACCAUAUAGUCUUGUCCCUGAUACUAGUUCGAGUUAAGCUCCAGGUUUUCUGGAAACAACAGUUGAAACAUCUGACUUAAUAAGUGAUAAUAGUUCAUUUGUAGAGACCUGAAAAAUUCGCUGAUUCAUUUCGUGACAUGCUACAAUUCAAAUAAUUAAACCUUAGUGCUGCUUCUCCCAUUGGUUCCCGGUUAAUCUGGAGUAAUGAGGGCCAAUUAGAGGCCCUCACUCGUGGAAGUGUCGAAUCACAGGCCGCCCAGUCGAGACUACUAGCAAGUCAACAGCCAAUGAACAGUUGGCAUUUGCCCGAGUGUGUAGAGGAUAGUGGAGUCUAUCCUGGAGGUCAUUGAACCUGCAAAUUUUUCCGGUCUCUAUUCAUUUGUGAUUCUGUGUUCUUGCCAGGGCCAUUGGGAGAUACUAAGGUCUUCGGGUUGGUGGGGGGGGGGGGGGGAGAUAAUUUGGUUUCCCCCCUCCCCAUAACUUCCUGUACAACUUAACAUUUAAUCUUUGGAUUUUUUUUUUAUCAUCGCCAUAACUGUGACUGUGAUCUACGUGCACUGCAUUUCCUCUGUUAACAGGGAGUUCACGUUAUUCUGGAAAGUCAGGGAAGUUGGAACUGAUCAGGGAAUUUACUGAAAACCCUGGAGAAGACAUGGAAAUUCCCUAGUAAUAGUAAUUUGUAAGGGUAAAUGACAUGUUGCAGUCUUUAUGAAAUUUUUUUUUUCCUAGAUGGUGUUUUAGUGCAGUCGUACACACUCUUAGAUGGCGAAUGCAAGGUUCUUUUUAAAGUGAAUUAAGUGGUGAGUGAACUAGGCUGACAAUGGGGAUACCUAGAUAUUCUUUAUUUCCUUCAGAAUAUUGCAAAAGAGGUAAAUUAUAAAAAAAUAUAAUAAUGGUUGUGUGUCCUUAUGCGCGCGUGUUAGAGACGUUAUACUUACUUGGCAUAAUAAAAACCUAAUUUUAAUUUUGCAUGCAAAUAAUUAAUAGAAAUAAUAUAAAAUGAUUGGAAUGAUAUGAAUAUGGUUGGUAAAGUAUGAAUAUAAUCAAAUUAUAAAAAUUAGUAAAAUAACCGAGAUAAAUUUUAAUUGAUAAUAAAAAUCAAUAAAUAUUCUGAAUGUUUAUUCUAAUUUAUUAAUUUUAAAUCAUAAUUUAUAAUGGAAAUAAAUUAUACAUUCGGGAACAUAACCACACUUACACAAAUACACUUGAAUAAGUUCAUAAACAUGAUAUCUAUUACUAAUAUUCACAAUAAAUAAAUGUUUUGAAUUUUAUGGACCAGUAUUCUAUAUAGAUCACUAAAUUAUAUCAUUUUUAUUUGUAUGUAGCCUUUUUACGUGCUGUCAAUUUUUGUCGCAUGUUGCGUGUGCAUUGUAAAAAAUUCACUAAUUUUUUUCUUAACGCAUCUAAGAAGUAUAACUUCUAAGUCAGGUAAAUUUGAAAUUUUGGUCAAGGAGAAGCCAGAUGAAAAUAAAAUUACAGAUCUGUGUGUACACCCUGAGUAAGAUUUUCAAUGAAUUCUAUUAGCAGUGGACAUAAUUUUCGUCCUACUAUCAGGGUAAGCUCUCAAGCCCUGGUGUUGCUACUGCAAAUGUGCAAAUUUCUUGUGUCAUCAGUGGAAUGAUGUUGAAAUACUUGGGAUUACUAGUUCGGAAAACAAUAUUUUAUUUAUUCUAUUGAGUUAUGAUGUAUAGAUUGUCUCUAAAGUGAAUAAAAUUUCACGUGGCUGCAGAGUGAAAACAAUCAUAGUGAUCAGUUUUUUUUUUAACUACAUGUUGCGCUGCUUAACUCGCAGCCAAUGCUGCAUGGCGGUCGUGUACAUUUGUACAGAUAUCUUUUAUGUACAUAGAUAAAAACAUUUAACUUUGUUGAAUGGUUUGAUUUUAGUUGUAGAAUUACAGUGAAAUGGAAGUUGGAUGGCCGCUGAAAUUGCAGUUUUGACGGUGUGUAGAGAAGGCUUAAUUUGAAGGCCAGGAGUUGUGGUUAAUAACUUGAUGAUAUUGGGUAAAUUUGGUCACUCGUGUAAUCAGUUUAAUUUUGUUGUGCAAUCCCACUUUCACUGUAAUUUGAAACUGUUGAUAUAUUGGAUUUCCCCAUGAAAUCUAAAAGUUGUGCAAUUGUAAUUAAUUUUUUAUAGUUCAUAUAUUUACUUGAGUAGAUAUAUAUUAUGUUACAUGUGGAAUAUAUUUUAGUUACAUUAUAAAUUAUUUUCGUGCUGCAUAUGUCAGCACUGGAACAUCUAAUUGUUUUUUAUCUCACUGCAAGAGUUUAUUAAUAUAUAUUAGGUUUCUUUUUUUUUUUACAGUUCCAAAUUUUGCACUUUCCUACUUUUGGCAUGAUUUUUUAUUAUUGUGUUGAAAAGUGUGUGAGAGUAGUUUUCCAACAUUUAUAAAAAUGCACAAUAUUAUUUUUUCUUAAUAUGAAUAUAAAACUGUUUUUAUUCAUUUAUAAUGUUCACACAAAUUUUUGUAUAGAAAUUUCACCAGACAUGUUGGUUAAAUGUAUAUUCAUUGUUACGCAGUAAUGUGCCAUAGUCUGUUCUUCUAGAUACAUUCAUAUUUAUAAAUACAGCAAUAUCCAACCCAGGUUAUAAAUCAUUUCUGUUACCCGAUGGCUGUUUUAUUGUUGGAUAACUUAUAUUGAGCUUAGUUGUGGAAUGAGAUUCAAAAAUCACUUUAAAAAAAAGCUUAAUGUAUCACAAUCUACUUGAUCUUAGUUUUAGUGUACACAUUUCAAUUAGGCUAAAAAUUGGGAAGGAUAUUUAUUCUUGACUGAUUCAGUUCUAACUUUUUUUUACUGAUUAACACUUUUAUCACUAGCUGUAAUGGCUAAAUUACUCUGAAGGCUUAUACAGUCAGCCUUAUUUUUUAAUAUUAAUUUUCAUUUUUUCAACCUAACAAGGCUGACUGUAUAUAUUCUAUAUUAAAAGUGUUUCAUGGUGAUACAUACUCAGUAGUUUUGGUGAAUAUCUCUUGAUCAAUUAGUAAUAACCUAUUCUGUUAUUUAAGUAUUAUGCUUCACAUACAUGACACCUACAAUAAUAAACAUAAAAUGUACAUGAAAAUGGUAUUAAAUAAAAAAAAAACAUGCAUUAGUCACAAUAAUAUUAAAGUACCAUAGAAUACUGAAAAUGUUAGUGUAAACUUGGAAACUGAUAGAAACAUAAUAUUGAUAUUUGAUAAGUAUGGCAAUUAGAUUACAUAUUAAUAAAUUUUCAUACAUGUUAUAAUCAGCUAUAUUUGUUGUAUGUUUUUAAAAAAAAUGUUGAUUAUGCUUAAAAGGUGCAUAUAAUGUCUUUGGUUUCAAAAUGGUACUAAUGUCUUGAAACAAAGUAACAAUGUUUUGACAAAAAAUAUGCAAUAUUUUUGUAAUUGGCUCAUUUACAAGGCAGUCUAUUUUGUUAAAUAAUCACAUGCAUAUUAACAUUUCUUAGUUAAAAAAUAGAAUGUAGAGAAAAGAGUCAACCCCAUGCAUAGUGACAGGGGGAAGUGAUAUAAUUGGAAUUUUCACUGUGCGAAACUUUCUAAAAUUUGAAUGUAGUUAAUAAAUUUGUUUCUUUGUUGCAUUUCCUACAGAAACUAUACUAUUAAGUGUAGUAUAUUUUGAUUUGUUAUACAAAUUAUUUCAUCCAGGUGUAUGAUAUUAGUAUAAAAAGACAGACAAGUCUUCAUAACAUUUUACCCGACUAAUUACAUCAGAGUGGCUCACUAAAAGCUUGUUGCAUUAUGGGUUUAAAAAAAACUGCUUUCAUCAUUGUUUACCACAUUUACUGUUGCACCAUUGCGUUUUGAGUACUGAACAAAAAUAUUUGGAAGAAGAGAAUGAAUGAUAUACACUAUUUUAAAUGAUUUAUAGUACUUUUAUUUAAAAAAAAUUUUUUUCCCCUCUAUCUUAAUAACCACUUCCUACGUAAAAUACCUACAUUUCAAUUUUUCGUAAUGCUGGUUAUUUUAAUUAAAAGCUUCAAUAAAGCUUUUCAAUUCAUCAGAAUUAUUUUUUAUACAAAAUAGAGGCUUUUUUUUUUUUAAGAAUAUAUGUUUAAAUUUCAGACCACUUAACUUUGUAAUAGAUUUUAAAUACUGGAAUCAUUUUUCAAUAUUUAUUAUUAAAGUCAACAGAUUCAAGGUGGCUACCUUAUGAGCUGCUAUCUCGUGGCAACUUCAUCAACCAUUUAACGAUUGCUUCAAUCGAUUGUAGUGACUUCAAAUUGUUCCAGCCUACCAAUAGAAACACAUCUCACGUUUCCUCGACACUUUUACCGUCAGUUUCCGCAGAGUGACCCCUGGUUCAUUCUUGGGCGAAGAUCUUUGGACUGCGGAUCAGAUGGUAGAAUGGUUCAUUUUGUUUAUUUUCAACCUUUACAAGUAUCGCAAAAUUAAUGCACUCCAUUUAUAUCUUAUUUACUCACUCGUGAGUGAGUUGUCAGCCUUUCUAUUUACAUUUCUUGAUACGUUAAAGGUUGGGUUUCGCUGUGCACUGUCAUACAUAGAGAGGGUUGUGAUGAUGGAUUUUCAGGAUUGUAGUGGGCUGUCUACUUGCAAGGAGAGUUGACUAGGUUCGCAGCACGUGUGUGAAGUGGCCAAUCGGGGGAGGAAUAGCACCAUAAACAUUGGCAGCACUGCAGCGAGUGUCCCCUCGCUACUUCCUAGUUCAAGGCCUAAUUUUGAGUACUCUUUUAAAAUUGGUUUGUUUUUCAGCCUAUGUUCAUUAGCUUAUUUCAACUAGCCUUAAUUAACUGUUGAUAGACAUGCUACAAAUAAAAAUUAACGAAUAUAUUUUGAGAUUAUGGACAAACGUUGAAAGAAGUGACGUUUUCUCUCCGAUUUUAUAAUUAUAUAAAGUUUAUAUUUCUUGGAAAAAGUGAAAAUGCAUUAUUACUUGUUAUACUUCAACUUAAAUUUAGUGUUAUUGCAUUCAUAAUUCAGACAAGUUUUAAUGCCACAAAAUAUAAAAAGUGAUAUUUGAAAAAAAAUUUCUUAGCUUAAAAUUUUUUAAAUUAUGUUUGGGGUUUAGGACACAAAAGAUUGCUUAAAUGAUUUUUUGAGUUGCAAGUACUUAAGAUAGAUCUCAUUUUCUCAGAAAAUGUCAUUUGUGGAUUAAGAUAGCCUAUGAUUUUUUUCUAUUGGAUUUUCGGGUGUAGCCGUUGCAGACAUAUUUUUAUAGACAUUCAGGUAACUGAGAAAAUUUGUUCUAUAUAUUAAUUUAAUCAGAAAAAUACAUACUUUGGAAUGUACAAAACUCUUGACAAAUGUUAGGUGUCAUGUAGUGCUGGUGUUUGACUUCAGCCAACAUUCCUCUAUGCCACAAGCUUCCGUUAAUGUAAACAUGCAAUAAUAGCCUACAGAAAAAGAUGAUUUCUAGCCUGGUUGAAUCUGUAAAAUAACCAAUAUGAGGUAAAUUAUCGAAGUAUGUACUUGCGGGCAGUGACAUUUUAAUGUACAUAAUUUUAUGUAGUUGUUUUGUACUUGUCGUUUGGUAUGUGUGUGUGUUUUUUUAAAGAGUGUUUUAUAUUGAAAGAAUUUUACUUAAGAACUUACAGAUACUAAGUGAUACGAUGUUGGAUGUUGUUUGAAUUAGCAGUUCCCAAAUGGAAUUGAACUGAUAGCUCUCUGUGAUAGUUUUGUGUCUUUGAUAUGAAAGAACAUAGGUUAAAUUACACUAACUUGUAUUGGUGCUGAUGACUGUAACAUUGUACAGAGUGUAUAGUAUAUGUAAAUAUACAGUGAAUGUAAUUUGAAGUUUAAAAUGUGUAGCAAGUCAAUUUUUUUCUGGGUAGGUUUAGACUUCUUUUUAAAUUUACUUUCAUCGUUCUUAAUGAAAAAAAAAUCCUGUUUCUUUGCACUGCAUCUCACGCCGACCACAAUGUGUCAGCUUCCCUGGCUACAUGUUUGUCUGGACGUUUGGAAACUGCUAAUUUUAACUUUAAUCUACAAGCUGAUAAGACUAAUUUGUUCGCAGUGAGAGUCUGUAUAGUGAAAUGUUUGUUGGUGUAAAGUUUGUAUUCAAAUUCGGUUGUUAUCUGCCAUAGUUUUUUGAGGUUAAUGAAUCUAGCUUUAAUUAGUAGUGAUAUUUUAAAGAAAAUUAUUGGAAUGUUUGUGGUAAUCAAUAUCAUGUUAAAAGUUACAGUUAUUUAUCAUUUUUAAUGAGUUACUUAGGAUAAUCAACCAUCUGUAAAGUAAACUUGGUUUUAAAUAUUCUAUGUGACGUUCUUAUUGUGUUUUGAAGCAGAUGUUUGAGAACGUAGGUUUGUUAAUUCCAGGUUAAAGCUGGUAUUUUUUUUUACUGCGUAGUAGCUAUAUACAAUCAUUUGUGUGGCCAAUUUAUAAUAUCUGAAACAUUUUAUUUUGACUUUUCUGUUUUUCUGUGGCCUUUCCAAACUUUCACUGGAAAAAAGGCACUCAGAAGUCAUGCUGUCAAAUAUUAAAGACUGCCUCUGAAUUUAUAUAGUAUUUGCUACGAGUGAACUAAAACUUUCCUAAAAAAAUUUAAUUACACAAUAUAUGUAAAUUUACUUUUAGAUUAAAACCAUUGAUAUUUGUAUUUGAAAUUUAUGCAGUUAAAAAAAAAGAAUGAAUCUGUGUUUUCACAUAAUUUUUUUUUUUAACCUACAUAGAAUGUUUCUAAGCUUAUAUGGUAGAGAGUGUAAAUUAUCUAUUUUGGAUUACAUCUAUUACAGGUGCAAUAUGCUAAUGGUUCUGAAGUCGAUUAAGGGAUGCAAACUUAACUACUAAACGCUAGCUCGUGAAAUUUUAACGGCUGUAAUCUGGCCGAGUCUCAAUGUUUAACUAAAUGCAACUUGGAAUAUUCUUAAUGUUUCCAAGUCAUUGUGUAUCUCUUGUAACAUGAGCCUAGGUAGCUCCUCAGACGUUAUCUAUCGAAACACUUCCGCAAAGCACUUGUUUGGUGCAUACUGUACAGUAAAACCUCUAUUUCUCACUUUUUGAGGGACCAGGAUAAAAAUUUUCUAGAAGCAAAAAUGUUUAAGGAAGGAAAACUUGUACUUUGAGGUAAUGAAAAAAAAACUGUGAACUAUUAUUGAAAGUUUUAAAUAGGGGUUCUACUAUUUCCCUUUUGGCUUACUGUGGUAAACAUAAUUGUUGACUUAUUGAAGCCAAAUAUAUGUAACGUACACACUCGCCCAUAUUUCAUUGUUCUCGCUUGCAUGGCAUUUGUACAGCAGUCACCGUCGGAUAAGAUUAAUAUUUUUUUUUAAGAGCACAAACAUGGUUUGUUUUGGUUACGUGUUGUUUGUUGCAGUUGAUGAUACAUCUGGAAUUUUUUUUGUGAUGUUCCUAAAAAUACAGACAUUUGUCAAGUUCCUUUGUGAGGCGGCAUGUAUGGUGUCGUACAAUUUGAAAAGUGGAACAAGAUAUUGACGAAGGAAUCAACACGUAUACCCGUACGAGACUGCAUCAUUUCAGUUCAGUAGUUUCCGUUAGUGCGACCGACAUGUGAUACCACAUUGAAGAUAGCUUACGCAACUUCAGAAACCAAUUUCUCUGCACAUACAAUAACUUUUAUUAUAGAUUUUUGAAGGAGCCACCAUAUUUUUCUGUGGUUUUUUGCAGCCCAGUUUUGAACUGGUGUGACAAUUGAGGUUACAGUGUCGAUAUUGCCAGAUUCCAAGCCGAGUGGAGGAAAAUGGCUUUGGUUGAACAGUAUUGUCUCAUCUUGCCAUUUUAUCUGGAAUUUUAGUUUUUGUUUGUGAGUGGUAGGAAUAUGUUGUUGAAAUGAAAGCCUGGCCAAUACAUGAUUGGAAUGUAACUUUUUAUUUCGUGAUAGACUGUAGUGCUCAAGUGUAAAUUUUAUCUGCAUUUUUGUUGCUUUUUAUUGUGGCAUAGUUGUGGAUAGGUUUUGUCGACAUCACAUUGUAGGUCGAGCAAAAAGAAAAGUAUUUGCUCAAAAGUACAAAUACUUAAUUUUAAUAUAAGUUUUCAAUUUGUUACGCCAUGUCAAAUGUGUUAUAGAAAUUUUUUUAUAUUAGUGAGAGUUUGUUUUAUUACAAAAGUAUUUUAUGCUGCAAGAAAAAUUUAUUUCAAGUCAUUAAUGCAAUGGUAGUAAAUAAAAAUUUGAAAGAUUCCAUCUUAUAAUUUCUUUACCUAUAUUUUAAGUAUCAGAAUGAUUGUACAACAUGAAGUGCUUAGAAACCGUUCCUAUUAUGAAAUGCAAGUCGGUUUGGGGUGAAAUGCCCUUAAUGGCAUUAUUGUCCAGCUUUUGAAGUAUUUCAAUUUUAUUCAAUGAAUUUUUGGAAUCAUCUCACAUCUCAGUUUAUCCGACUACAACACUGUAUGGCUUAUUUCAUCUAACCUGUAUAUUGACUGUAAUAUUGAUAUAUAUGUGUCUGUCUCCUGUCUGUUAAAUUUAAAAACUAGAAAUCAGAAUGAAUAAUUUUUAUUGCAAUUGCUGUUUACAUAUUAGAUACUUUGAGCAAUAGGUGCGAAAGUAAAUAGCAUUCCAAUGCUAUUUUCAGAGGAAUUACAGAGCUUAAUUAGUAAGUUACUUCGUCUGUUUGUUAUACUGCAGCAUGAGGUUCUACAAUAUAAAAAUUAUUUUAAUGAAUUAUGUUUUUUUUUUAUUUGGAGAUCAAACCUUAGCAAAGGGUCGCGUGUGAUAAAAUGUGUGAUAAAGCAGUGUUAUUAAUUUUGCAGCAAUUGGACUGUUCUUAUAGGCAGUUUUUUUUAAAACCUCUGAUGGGCUAUAAAAAAACAAAUUAACAUAACAUAAAAAUUUUUUCCCCAAAGGUUCAGCAGGGUCGUACUUAUGUUUCUAUAAAAUCGCCAAAACGAUCGAGGCAUUUGUUACAUCGUAAAUAUCUUCUUGGUGCCUCCUUCGAAGAAGUUAGCCGCCAGUGAAUAGAGGUACCGGGCCAGCGCCUGGGUGUCUUUUUUCCUCACGACGCCGCUGUGAGGCGGAUGGACUAAUAGCUAGAGACCGGAAAAAAUCGCGAUAGGCUAAAAUACAAAUCGUUAUACCUCAGUGCUGCCUCUGCUAUUGGUUCACAACUCACCUGGAUGACUCUGGGCUAAUAAGAAACACCCAACCAAAGCUUUAUCGAAUCACAGGCUGCUACGUUGGGACGUGGCAUUUGACCGAGUGUACGUAGAACUAUGGAGUUCAUCCUACAGGUCAUUGAACCCGCGAAUUUUUCCGGUCCCUACUAAUAGCUUGACGCACUGGCUCCUGCGUCAAGACUUACCGCGAGAUUUGCGAAUAGUGGGGCAGCAUGCGCCGCAUUAUUAGUCCACCCGCCUCACAGCGGCAUCGUGAGGGAGAGGGAGACCCAGGCGCUGGCCCUGUAUCUCUCUCUAUUCACUGGCGGCUGACUUCUUCGAAGAAAGCACCGAGAAUCUUUUUUACGAUGUAACAAAUGCCUCAAUCGUUUUUGCGAUGUUGUAGAAAAAUAAGUAGGACCCUGCUAAUUUUUUGGUGGUAAAAUUUAUAUGUUAUGUUAAUUUGUCUUUUUUUUUUCAUACAGCUCAUCAGACUUUCAAGAAAAAACAGCCCUUAUGUAUAUACACAUACAUGUUAGAGGUUAUGCAAGUAGUUUCUCUCGAGGAUUAUGCACAGUUUAUAUUGCUGGGGUUCACCAUCUACAUGGAUUAGGAAAAAGGCACUUAAAGGACAUCACUUUAUAGCACCAGUCACAUGGUCAUCAUUAAUUGUUUUUGGUGGAAUUAAUAGCAUUCAAAAAUUACCUGAUGCCUUCAACGAUCUCAAAAAAAAAAAAAAUGUUAAAAAGUGACUGGAUGGAUUCUUUAGAAUAUUUUUUAGGUUAUAAAAGUAAAUUUGAAUUGCACCUACUGUAAGGCCUGGGACGAACUAUAACAAAAAGGUAGCUUGUAAAAUUCUUGCUGAUAUUAAAAUAAUUAUAUAAAAUAUAUAUGAUUAGUAGGUACCAUGGCUGAUAUUACUAAAUCAAAAAUAUGCACAAUACUUGGCUCUUGCAUAUUUGUCGUAAAUAUUAACACAGUACCCGUUUUUCUAAUUUUUUUUUUUUUUAACUUCUUGCAUUAUAAAGACCUUAUCCCUUGUGAUCAUUCAUUUCCUGAAGCACACAAUCAUCGGGUCUAGUCGAGUCAUGCCGUUUUAUUUGGGGAGGGGAAAAGAACUAACCAAAAUGGUGAGAAUGAAGCAUUCAAUACAUCCCAUUAUUUAUUAUUCAUGUUACAUUGCAUCUGAGAACUUUUCAAUUACAACAUAGAAAUUUAAAAAAAAGCUGGCACCUAUGCAUACCGAAUGAAGAAGAAGUGAGGAGUUAGAAGAAAGUGCGGAUAGAGAAAAUAAAUAAUGUUCACCCAGAUUUGGUAGAUGAUAUGUGGACAAUGAGAUUAUCAUUAAAAAGUUGACUUAGCAUGAUAGAAAACUCAGCCAUUUGUUGAUGACAAGCUAUUUCUGUUAUCAGAAGCUUGGCUGGUAAAAGUUUGUUGGAAGGACUUAAACAUUUAACGAUGCUGAAAGGAUCAAAUAAAAUUGUGAAAGUUGGUAGAAAAUUAAGUUAAUGCCGAUGAUUUGGUGGAUAAUGAAGCAGCAAACAAACAAAAUGUGUUGCAAGUGAGGACAAAAGUUUAUGGCUACGUAUAAUGGAAAUUUGAAAUAAUAUUCUGGCUGUUGGGAUACUUUUAAAUGCAUUGUAAGUUUGAUAAUUCGAUGUGUGAGGGGAACGUGAUGGGUAAAAAAUUGCACAAAGUCUACUUAAGCUGAUGUGUUAGUGCGGGGAGAACAGAGAAGAAACUAUGAGCGAAGGAUAGAACAGUAUGAGUUACAUCAAGCCAGAUUGCAGACUGACGACUUGAACAACAAAUACUAAAUAUAUUUUAACCCUUUAAUUACAAUGGAAAAAAUUCAUCUGAAUGAUCCAAGAAGUUGUUAGUAUUAUUUCUUAAAAAUACAUAACAGAGGUAAAAAUUAAAUGACACAUAAUGAAGGGGUCUUGUAUAAAUUUUAAAAUUAGGUUUGAUUUAUUCUAGCAGUUUAUUAAUUUUGAUGUGUAACAUCUUAACUCUCGGUAUACAGCAUUUGGUAGGAGUAAUUUUGUGAAUGGAACAAAAAUGUGCAACCAAAGUGCUACUAUCUGUGGCAGGUGGUAUGAACCAAAGUUCAUAGAGACAAAGGGAAACAUUACAGUAUUAACUGUUUAAAAAGAUGGGCAGUAUUUAAAAAAAAUUCCUUGUCGAAAGAUAAGGUUUAGUAAUUUUUCAAGUUCUUUUUUUCCCCCGCUUUUAUCGAAGCCAUUUCAUUAUAUAGUUUGAAAUUUCGGUCUGCAAAUGGAAUGAUUCAAGUCGACAUAGCUGCUGCGACAGCUAAUUCUAGUAGUGGGUGCGGAAACUACAUGUAAUUUGCGUCCAGAUAUGUAAUUGAAAAAAAAAAAAACAAUUUGCAUAUAUGUAUUUAUUAUGCUCUACAUUAUUUCAAAUAAUUCUACAUUAAAUUUUGUAUCAAGAGUUUUGUAUUAUAAAUUUAUUUGCAACAUGAGAACAUGUGAAUUUGCUUGUUACCAAGGUUAGAUGUUUGCACAUCACUGAGAAGUACUGAAAGGCUUGCUUACUUCUUUUUUUUUAUAUUUCCCAAUUUUUUUUAUAAAACAGAGUAUGUGGUGUUUUUUAAAUAAUGGUCAAUACUUCUGGUUCUAUAUAGCACACAUUGGUUAUUUUUAUUGCAAACCCAUAGUCUAGUUGUGAGUAUGGAGACCGGUGCAUGGAAAAACCUCAUUAAUUGGAAUGCCUUUAAAGGCUAUAUUUGUUACAUAGGACCCUUCACUAUAAACAGGACCUGUGGCAAGCACUGGGUUUCUGGACUCAAUUAAUGUCGGAAUGGAAGAAAGUGUUUUAAGAAUACUGCUGCAGUAAACAUUUAUUUGUUAGGGACUAAAAUAAAGUUGUGAUUUAAAGUAGCAGAUAGAAGUUUAAUGAGAAUCAUUUUUCCAGCACUAUUGUGAAUCAAAAAUGAUAUGGCAGGUGUUUACACUUAAUUUACUUUGCCAUAAACGGAAUUUAAUGUUUAAAUGUUUUGGAAAGUUAUUGUGCAUAAUAUAGGGUUAAAUUUUUUGUAUCUUUUGUCAUUCUGCUUUGUUUGCAAGAACAGAAUCAUUGUUCUUUGAACUUAUUUGUAUUAGUACUAAAUUUUUGGACUUGCAAUAUGAACUUUCCGCAAAGUACAUCAUGUAUCAUAAGUUUCUGUUGUGCGUUCUGAUGCCUAUCUUGCCAUCUGUACUGCGAUAGUUGUUUUAGCUCAACUUGUAAAUAUGAAUUUUAGAAAAAUAUAUAUAUUGUAACCUCAUGUUGCAGCAUAUUUUCAACUUCAUCUUCAGAUCCCAAAAGUUAGACUUUUAGGCUUGUUUAGUUCAAAGUAUUUUUUUUUAAAUCUAAAAUUAUAAUUGUUCUCUCUGUAGUAAUAAUAAGUGGUUACACUGCCAUCUUUUCAUAGGAUUAAAUUGUCUGUUUUAAUAAAAAUUGCACAAAGUUUAAAAUAAAUAUUGUUAAUGAUUCAAAGUACUCUAUUAAUGCCAUCCAAGUUUUCACUCCUUUAUCAAAACUUUAGUUGAAUUUCAUGGGUUCGGAUGUGUGCUGAGUAACUCUUGAAAAUGACUGAGGUUACAUGAAAAUCAAGUGUUGUACCUAUAGCAAAAUUACAAUUAGUUAAGAGUAGAAACAAUUUAUAAGAACUCUUUAUUUCUUACACCUCCACCAUUUCAUUUGAUUUAACAGAAUAGUAUUUUAUGUCAGGAUAUGGUAUAUACAUUUUCACCAUUACAGUAUAUGUAUUAGCAAUGUAGUCCAAAUUCAUACGUAGUAAAGUACAUUUGAUUUAAAAACCAAAAUCUAGUUCAUAAACUUACUUUUUUUUUUUUUUUUGAAAAAAUUUAUGACCUGAACAUUGUGAUUGUGUGUAUGUAUGUUUAAAAGUCUAAUAGCCACAAAAAGUAUAAAACUAUCUCGUGUAGUUUUUGGUGGCUUUAAUUUUGUCGCAAUGUUGCAUUGUUUAUAUUGUAAUAUAUUGUGUUCUGUUUUACCCCAAGCUGAUUGAGAAAAAUAAUAAAAUAAUGAAGACUUGUAUAUAAGCAA